AUGCACCCAGAGAGAAAGCGCAGUUGUACGCGAGAGAUCUCACAGCAGGCACGCUUCGGAGGUGUUCGCGAAGUGGAGCCCCUCACAAGGAGGACGACAAGCCCUCAUUUGCGGCGCGGCUCCGGUCCGCCGAGUAUGAGGCACGCUGCCCCCCCCCCGUAUCGUCUCAGGACGUGGUGGAGCAGUCACUGCAGCCACGAGCCUGGUCGCCGUUCAAAGCGAGAAAUGUCGACCCAGGUAACGAAAAAAAAACUCUCGCGAAGGCCCCCUGAGUGGGUGAGUGAAUGCUGUUGCUAUUGGCUAGUCGCACAGCAUGGAGAGCUUCCCUGGUGUUGGAAACAAUAUCUACUACUCAACGUCUAGAGGACUUCUGGCCCACCAAGUUGUGCUACUAAUAUGACAGCGGCCAGCUGCGCACUAAAAUUAUAGUGCCUACUAGUGCUACCUACUCCUAUUCGAGGUUACUCCACCUACUUGAGGUUCAAAACAAGCCACGCUUUUCCUUCGUGUAAAAUAACAGCAGAUCACUACAUCGCAAGAGCCAAGAAGUCAACAGAACUAUUUUCUUAGAGGCCUUAUCAUGUAUCAGCGUGAAGCCGUAGCCAUUUUGGCUCAAGGCUUCGUUUGCGAGCGUAAUUAAUCACAACAGAGAGGCUCAGCCGCUUUUUUUCUAGAAAGGUUCAAUUAUCAGCACCCAUCUAGUUGGCAGGCUAGCUACAGUCACGAAUCAAAGUAGGGCUUUUGUUAGACCACUAUCGCCCUCCGGCUGGGUCUAUAAUUUGGACACUUAGGGCGGAAAAAAUGCACCAAAUCUAGGCGAAUCGCAGAGAGUGAAAGCCGAAUGAGAUGGCUGGGGCAGCUAACGAAUUGGCUAAAACUUUGAAUAUCGACGCCGCGAGAUCCAUGCCCCGCAUAAUGAUACCGACGCCAUCUUUGAGUACCUACGUAAGAGGGGACGGCGCCGGGCUUCUGGGCAGCCGGCGCGUCGCCCAAAACGUAGGCAAAGGAUCGCCGGUGGCCCACGCGUCCUCUACUGAGCCAAGUGAAUCAUGAGGAAGACAACGAAAUAGAGCAUGAUGAAGGACGGGAUCCCGUUGGCAGAGUCGUGACGGCCGACGGCUCAGCACGAACACACGCUCACGCGGCGCGAAGAUCUCGCGGAUAGACCGUCGCACGAGCGCGAUAUUGCCACACGCCCUCACACUUCGUAGGCCAACGCGCAGCAUGAGCGAUUUGGAGGCCCACCAUGCGGACGGCCCCGGCUACAGGCUAGAUAGACAAACACGUAGCCCAGUGUUGCUGUUCUAGCAGAAAUCUACGCCCGGAAUGAUAGGGGGCGCGGCUGUGUAGCUGCGCUGCUGUACUGCUGACGGUUUGACAAUCGAGAGCGCCGGCGGCCUCUCUUGUUACUUAAGGCCUCAAGCCGCACGCGGUGUUAGGAUCUGAUCUGCAGUCCGCAGCCCUCUUGGCCCGGAUGAGCAGCCGCCGCGACCGGGUCCGACAUUGGCAGCGGGCGUGCGGUGGGAUGGCUGCGUAUCAAAGGUGGAAGAGAAAAAAAUAUGUGCAAAUACUGACUCGGCUACUGAGAGGAGCAGAAAAGACCCAGAAUAAGGACAUCGGGAACAUUCGGUCAUUGGCAACGACUUUACCCAAGUCCCCGCCUUGGUGCUUUUGCUGACUUUAUUCAAGUCGCCCAUCAUCCUCGGAGCUGAGCUAGGAGCUCGGGUGGCUCAGCCUCAAUGUGCAGGGCCCACGACCUAACCUAAACUCUAUUAUUUUCCGGGUCUAUUUUGAAGUUUAAGCGAUAUUAGCAAUAGCAAUGCUACUAUCCUGGUGCGAAGUCGGUCGUGUUUCACUGAAGAUGAAGCCAAAAGAUAAUUGUCGGGGGCAACAAGAAAUCAACACUUUUCUGACAUUUUUAGAAAUGUGAAAAACAAGUGCAAGACCACGUUGUGCAGCCUAGAAGUAGUAGCCACUGACUCUGUAAGAAACGUGAGACUAUGGCCAUGCGCCCACCUGUUAUGUGGUCGCACACGUGUGACAAAGACAAGGACUGCGGCCGAUGGCACUCUCGACAUUUCUGAAUUCUCCUAUGUAUAGAUACAUAGAUACGAGGACGAAAGCAUCCUAUGUGGAUACCAGGGCCAGAAGAUAGGCAGAUGCAACUCUCAAUGGUACUCGGUCAGAUUUUAAUGAAUCAAAUUCAAAGGUGGUGGAGGUGAUGCUAUUUUAAGGACGAUCGUGUUCGCCA